UGAAAUUUAAAUAGAAGUUUAAUCAGGGGAAUCUUUAGUUGUCUUUUGUAAUGGAUCCCCUGGCAAGAGGACAAAAUUGAUGGAGACCUAUUUUUCCUAUAUGCUAUAUAGUUGACAUAGUUGUUUGCAUCUAUGUUUAAAAACAAAAAUAAUUUCUUGAUGCCGACAGCCAAGAGAAAUUAAUAUAAAAAAAUAAAGUUGGUGUAGCCAUCAACUCCUUUUCUUUAAUCUUAUAGUUGUUGUCUUGCUUUUGAAAUUCAGAAGUGAGACACGUUCGUGCCGUCUCAACUUGGUUUCAUUUUAAACCAUCACUGAAUUCUUGUGAUGACAACAUAUGAAACAACAAUAUUAUCAUAGAAUAUUAGAAUGUGUCACAUUUUCCUUGUCGAGUUGAUUUGCCUUUUCCACAGUAAAUUUCUGAAUAUAGACAAAUCAAGAAAUACCUGGUAGACAGGUCUAAGAUAUUAUAUUCAAUUAUGGUGCAUCAAUCCCAGUGAUCCCUUUCAGCUUUUUUAUGAACCUAUGUUGAAAUCCUAAAAAGUUUCAUUGUGCAGCAUAUAAGAUUGUAUGGUAGUAGCCAUCUCUUAAUCUUACCUUUCAAGAGAUGACAAUCUCCCUAUAUACAAUUUUGAUAAUCUUUUCACUGUUUCUCAUCUUUGUGAUUUCCUCUGCUGCUUCUCAGUUUGUCAAUAAUACUGCCGUUACUGACUUCAGAUCAUCAGCAGACUCGCCAACAUCAUGUGAGGCGUACAUUACAUAUCGUGUUAGGUCACCUUAUGCCGAACUUGGAAGUAUAUCUGAUCUGUUUGGAAAAAGCAGAUUAGAGAUAGCAAGAGCCACUAAUCUAACAUCAGAGGAUACUCCACUGGUUCCGAAUCAGCUGUUACUGGUGCCAAUCAUUUGUACUACAAAUGGGACACACUAUUUCUCCAAUGUUACGUAUAAGAUAAAGAAGGACGACACCUACUACUCAGUUCAAGUGAAGGCUUUCCAGAAUCUAACCGAGUUUCAUGUGGUUGAAGAGAUGAAUCCAAAGCUGAAUCCUACCAACUUGACAGUAGGGGAGGAGGUCGUCUUUCCUUUAUUCUGCAAGUGCCCCGAAGUGUCGUACAAAGAAAAGGGAAUUCAAUUCCUCACUACUUAUGUAUGGCAGCCGGGUGAUGACGUACUGCCUGUGAGUGCUAUGUUUCAGACGACGGCGUCAGAUAUUGAGAUGGCGAACAACAACAGGAAUUUCACUGCUGCAGUGUGUCUCCCUGUGUUGAUUCCAGAGAAGAUGCCCAUUCUUCUGCAGCUUUUUCCUUCUUCAGCUUCGCAUGGUAAAUCCAAACGCCAAUGGAUUCUAAUAGCAAGUUCAAGUGCUCUGGCUUUGAUUAUUUUGUUAGGCUUCACGGCGUUCAUCUUUCUCUCACUCAAGAAAAAGAAGAUGUUGGUUCGAAGUGGUUCUUCUCUCGAGAGGCCGGAUCUGUUUGCAAUGUAUAAAGCCUCCAAAGACGAAAAAUUAGAGGUGAAGGUACAGGACAAGCUGCUUCCAGGAGUAUCAGGCUAUCUUGGCAAGCCAAUAGUGUAUGAUCUAAAUGUGAUUCUGAAGGCAACUAUGAACCUGAGUGAACGGUACAGAAUAGGAGGGUCAGUUUACAAGGCCACGAUCAACGACCAGUUUCUUGCUGUAAAGAAAACUCGAGAUGCAACAGAGGAAGUCCAAAUAUUACAGAGAGUGAAUCAUGCAAACUUGGUGAAGUUAAUGGGAGUCUCCUCAGAUAAUGAUGGCAACUUCUUCAUUGUCUACGAAUAUGUCGAGAAUGGAUCGUUGGACAAUUGGCUCUCCCCAAAAGUUUCAGCUUCUUCGGCCACAGUCAAAUCCCUCGUUUGGAGUCAAAGGCUGGUUAUAGCUCUUGAUGUUGCCAACGGUCUACACUACAUGCACGAACAUACUCAACCAAGCAUCGUCCACAAGGAUAUCAGAACAAGCAACAUACUCCUUGAUUCCAACUUUAGAGCAAAGAUAGCAAAUUUAUCUGCAGCCAGGCCAGCUACUUCAUCCAUCAUGCUAAACAUUGAUGUGUUCUCUUUCGGAGUCGUUCUCCUGGAGUUGCUCUCUGGAAAGAAAGUCAUGGAAACGAAGGAUGAUGGCGAAGUUGUGAUGCUGUGGAAAGAAGUGAAGGGAAUCUUGGACGUUGAAGAUCAAAGGAAAGAGAGACUAAGGAGAUGGAUGGAUCCGAAUUUGAAAAGCUCCUACCCCAUUGACGACGCUCUAAGCUUGGCAACAUUGGCUAGAGCUUGUACGUCGGAGAAUUCAUUGGAGAGACCAUCAAUGGGUGAGGUUGUCUUCAACCUUAGUGUCCUCACUCAAUCAUCUCCUCAGAUGAGUGAAACAUCUUGGGUUUCCAAGUUUGAAACCGAGGAAGUCUCCCCUGUUAACACUCCAGUCGAAGCACGUUGAAAGCUGCGCCGUCUUGCUGUUGCGUACUUGUAAGUUUGUUUAAGAUUCCUAGUUAUUGGUUCAGUUUAUUGUUUUAGUAGUGUAAUCAGAAUCAAGUAUGAUAUCUCUUCUUCAUGUGUUAUUCCACAAGGAAUACAAACCAUUGCUACCAACAGAAUUUUCUUUCGAAGAAAAAUCCAAGUACACCUUAUUCUGAACGUUUUAUUUCAUAUGUCUGAUCUAUGAAAAUACCCUCUAUGAAUUGCAAUUCUAAAUCAUUGUAUGCAGACAUUUGCUAAAAUAAGAAUAUAAAAUUCAUUAAAUUAUGACUAAUUCAAAAUCGAGAGUUGUUUGGAAUGAAGCAGAGAUGAUGAUGUGUUAUUGGAACUGACUGCCGGCCUUCUAUUCCCUUCACACUUGUCAUUGGAACGUUUCUCAGUGACAUAAUUUUCUGUUGGGAAAAUACACUCGUUGAGCCCUGUAAAUUUACUUGGUGAUAGUUUUAGCCUGAAUUUCAAUUAAUACAUUAUUCAACUCUUAUGAAUUGACGUACUGAUAAUUUUAGCCCUUUAGUGAUUUCCGAUGUCGGAAAGUCCAAUUAACCGCCAAAUUUUACGCCUGCCAUUUCCACUGGUAUAAAUUUAAUGACAUGGAAAAAUGAGACAUCCCAUAUCAUCAAAAUGACGUUGUUUUAUAUUUAUAUAUUACAUAUAUAUUUAAUUUCUUUUAAAAAAAAACACAUGAAACGACAUUGUUUUGAUGACAUAGAAUGUCUCAAUCUUCCACAUUAUUAAAAAUUUAUACUAUCGGAUAUGUCACACGUAAAAUUGAGCUGUCAACUGACUUUGUAACUUCAAUUUUCUUUUUAAGACUUUGUUCGACCUAUAGAAAUGCUUUGCUAUGCUGAUCUUGAAGGAAUGUUUCACAAAAACCAUGCAUGGACAAGAAAAGGUGAAACUUGAUUCAAAUAUCUUGAUGCGUCUGAGAAUGGAAUAAAUCAAUUGGAUUACUAUGUGAUGUUAACAAAUAUAUUCAGAAUUUGAGCUUUAGAAGGAAAGGCAUUUUGUCAGCAAAGGGUGGAUCAGAGAAUUUUCCAGUGAGAAUCUGUGAGGCAACAUACUGAUUUGCAGCCUCAGUGUAAUGGAUUCCAUCCCAGUUUAUGUAUUCUGUAGUGUCACUGCAUCCUUUGGCUGUCACCGAACUUCCAUUCAAAACCUUGGUCUCCCCGCAGGGAACCCGACUGUCGUAGUUCAGCGGGGGUCCUCCAUAUCCGCAGCACGCCAUCAACGCCUGUUCGAAUCCUAGAGCAUGCAGCUGCAGGUUGAAUAGCCUUGAAGCUUGAUUGUGAGAACUGACGCAUCCGAGCUCAUCUAGCUUGGACGCGUCCCCUCCAAAUUUGGCAAUGUUUUGAGGCAGGCAGCCGAGGGGGCCCGUGUUGUGAAUCCAGAAGUUUCUAGCCCCUUCAUCGUACAAUUUCUGCAAAUAUUUGAUUCAUCAUCUUCUUCUGAGUUAUGUAUGAUGUGUGUGAGAAAACUAUCCAAGGAGUAGCCUGCCAACCUUAAUCCCAUCUUCGAAUUCUGAUAAAACUAUUGGGAUUGAAGCAAGUAUUUGAUCAAGCGUCUUGGAGUAGAAGGCGCCC